AAGGCCAACCGGGAAAGGUCCCUCGAAGAUCUUCGGCAGCACAUCCACAGAUACUACGUGCCGCUCGGUCGACAGUUCAUGGUUCUGUUCCCGGAGGGAGGCUUUUUGCACAAACGGAGAGAAAUCAGCCAAAGGUUUGCUGAAAAGAACAAUUUACCAAAGCUGGAGUACGUGUCGCUGCCACGAGCUGGUGCCAUGAAGGUCAUCAUGGAGGAGAUUGGCCCCAACAAGAAUAACAUUGCUAGCACCUCUAAGGAUAAUUCUAAGAAAGACGGAAACUUCAACCAAAGUAUCUCGCCCAAGAUCAUCGACAACAAGAUAGGGGACAGCAUCGAGUGGAUCCUGGACCUGACCAUCGCCUACCCUGACAGGGUGCCGCUGCAUCUGCAGGACGUGGUCUGCGCCAUCAGGCCGCCCUGCACCACGCAUUUACACUAUAGGUUAUAUCCUAGCAGCGAGGUACCUACAGAUACUGAGGGCAUGACCAACUGGCUCUACGACAGGUUUAUAGAAAAAGACAAGAUGUUAGAAGAGUUUUACCGCACGGGCAGUUUCCCCUCAGGUUCUAAUACCAACGUCUGCAGAACUGUCAGACAGGACAACCUUAGGUACCUGAUUCUCCACCUCUUCUUCAUAGCAUCUACCUUCAUCCAGUACAAGAUGUUCUGUGGGUUACUUGAGCUUGUCUGGUAACAAAUUUGAAGUUGGUUAGUCGUGAAACAAUUUUGUAUCUUUUGAUAAAUCUCUAGCUACCGUUUUGUGUUUAAUAGUCUUAGUUACGAUGAUAUCAUUUCUAGAUUUUAUAAUAAUAUGCAUUUCUUAAUUUAUACGUUCUGGACCAGUUUUAGUCGUAUUUUCUUCAUUAGUGUCAUUGUUAGUGUAUGAUAGUCGUAGAGAAUUGCUAAAUGGAACAACAAAAACUCUUUCUACCUCAAUUAAACUUACAAGCCCUCUUUCCUGAAGUGUAGAACCUGUAUUGUUAAUGUAUCAUUAGCACCAGUGAUAAUAAUUUAGUAAGUUAUAUUCGAUCAUAGACAAUUCUUCUCAAAUUAUAAUUUCACGACUAACCAACAAUAGUUUUCAUUGAAGACGGAGUUAGCAGCAAUGGUUCUAAUGCUUUACAUCCAUUGAUUGUUUUGCUUCCUACCUUUUUUUAAAUACUUUGUUUUUUUUUUUUUCAAUUUACAUCAAUAACUUUGCAUGUCUUUAACAUAGUAACGCAUUUAGUCUAUGAUACACUUGGCUAAGCAACGUUUACUUUAUUAACUUGGUAUGCUUAAGUCACUAUAGUAGGAUUUGGAGUCCUGCUGACUUUGCCAUAGCAAAAACAAUCAAUGGUGAAAGCAAAUUUUGCACUCAUUCUAAGGUGCGUGGCGAAGUACAUUUUUUAAUUUUAGUUUCUUUUCCUAGGCUUAGUUUUUUGUUACGUUACCUCGUUGACAUAUCGCGACGGCUUAGUUGGUGCCGGUUUUGGCGCGGUGUUUAGGUUAGUGUAAGUUCACUUUCUAAUUGUGAGUGCCGUGAAGCGAUACACGAUCAGUUUUAUAUUGUUCUACGGAAUUUGUUACAUCUGUUUCCUGAUCGCUUUGAAUUUUAGCCUUAUUCUAAACGGGGUUGACAUCAAAGUUGAAUGCAGAACGUUUCUUUAUAACUGCUUUGCUUUGGAAACCACCCAAGAUUUUUGAACACGAGUCUAUAUACCCUUUAUUAUUACUUUUCACAUCUGUAGUACUUAAUAAUACACCUGAUACUUUAACUUUGAACUCGAUUUAUGUAAUGUCCUUCAGCUGAUCGUGUGUACUGUGCUUUUCGGUGUAGGUAUGUGUUAAUCAAAGCGUGCUGUGACAUACAAGUCAAUAUAUAAGUAAUUCUAACAUAGGUAUUGUGCUUGCGUCGAACCAAAUUUUGAUCCCUUGUGACAAUAAAAAAUGUUACCCUCCUAUGCAGUCGGAUAGGAAAUAGUCGAGCCCUUUUUAUCUUUCACCUUCACUUCCAAAUUCUAUUUAAUCAGAUUCGCUUCGAAGUUUGGAUUCUUAUAAUGGAAUUCUUUUUGGAAUUGCGCGUCAAUUCUUGAUUGGAAUUCUGAAUAGUUAGGUACUCUCCAGUUACGGUGCUUAUGGAAUUAUCAAUUUUCAAAUGACGUGUGUAAGUAAAGUCUUAUGUAAGUAGAAUUAGGUGCUAUUUUCCAACAAAAGUGUAAAGUUUUAUGAGAUUUCCUUUACAAGAGACUAUCAUUACCAGCAUUUAAGUUUAUGACUGAUAAAGAUCCUCCUCCUUUUUUGAAGUCGGUUAACAAAACUACCUAUUAUUUUAAAUCUGCAUCUUCGGUGAAUGAUUCUAAGUGAAAUAUUACAUAUACAGGUACAUUUUCUUUACUGCACACGUUUAAUUAUUUUUCAAAGCAGAUUGUCUUUUUUUAUGAUCUUCGAGUCGGGGCCAUACAUGUGAACUUUAAACUAGAGGUAUAAUUUACAGAAAAAUCACCGUAGCUGGAUAGAAAAAUAAGGUUUCACCAAACCUCUAUCAAUGUCUAAAUUAGAAUUAAGUCACUGUAAUACUAAGAAUUAAAAAUAAGAAGUGCGUUUUUUUAUCGUUCCUUUACAUGAAUAUUGUAAUGUACAGUUAUUCAGAUGUGUAUAAAUGGUGUAGUUUUGUGGUGGAACAUAAAUACAAGAUAAUGCCAAACAUAUUUGCCGCAAGUGCCUAGGCUUAUUGGUUCGUUAAAGGCUUACCUUUAAUUUGAGAAUUAGCAAAUAACUAGGGAUCGAUUCUAAUGUCAUAGAUAAUGAUUGCUUUUGUAAUAAAACUAAAUUGUUGCAAAAUUUUCAUUCAACAUCCAAUUAGAUUUUUACUUCUUCUUCUUCUUAUCGUGUCGAAAACAAACCUACACAGUGUCAGCCCAGAACUCCGCUACAAGAGUGGCGUUGUCAGCAGCAUUCAUUAAAUCCUCCUGCGUGCCGUAGCUCGCACAUUUGUACUGUUUUAAAAUCUAGAAGAAUAUUAGGUAUCUAUUUUGUCAAUGAAAAAAAAUCCAAAAAAGCGUGACGUUAAUGAAAUAGUUUUCCUGCAGAAAAAAUAUUUGUCUUACUAUACAAACCUAUGUGUUUCAUGUGGAUACGAUAUUUUAUUUCAAAAACUAUUAUCAAAAUUUUUGUUAAUUAUUGCUACUUAGUGAAAUUUAUGGUUUUCAAAUUAUAUCUAUCGCCUGAGAAUCGAUCCCCAGAAACGAGUGAAAAUACAAAACGGUUGGAUGUUGUGAGAGUUUACUCAUAAAUGUUUGUAAAAAGUGAACGCUUUCAAAGUGUGUAAAAUUUAUAUUACAUAAUAUAAUAAUAAACAAAUUGUAAUAAUAAUAAGCUAUACCUAAGGAACCGUACUAUGUAUUCGUGGAGUUUGAUGCGGAGCCUGAUGCCUGUUUCAGCUCUUACUGAUAAAGUCACUGAUAGCUUACGAGGAACUUAUCUGUCAGAUAAAAUACUAAGUCUUGGACACAGAAUAUCUGGCAGAUAAAGUCACUGGGAAUCUUCAACCUUCAUUCGUUAGAUAGCAUUGUAUUUCAUAUCUUUAUUAGGAAUAAGCUGAAAACUUGAGUUCCGCAACAAACUCCGCGUAUGCAUGUAAGAAGUAGUAAAAUUUUCGAUCACAUUCUGGCGUAUUAUAAGGAAAUAUAUUAUUUAAAUUGUAAAUCAAUAGGAGUAAAAUAUUUUUAAACAUGGGUUCGUUUUAGAAAUUCCGUAGAAACGUGAUGAAUUUAUCACAUCCGACCAAGUUCCUUUUUUGUCCAAAACUUGUGCCUUUUUCAAUGAAAGUAGCUUUUUAACCGUUUUCGUGCAUCCCAAUUAGAGGAAUAAUUUAAAACAGUUCUUAGAUUUUUCUGUAAAUAACAUUUUACCUAUAAAACACUCUGUACUCACAUAAUCUUUGAUACUUUUAUCAUAAAAUGAACACAGAAUAUUUAGCGUGUAUAUUUUAGCACAGAACAUCUAUCACACACAGACUAAAAAUUUUGUUUCCAUUAAAAAUCAUUUCCAUCAGUUGUAAAAAAAUGAAAUUUUAUGUCAAAGCAGGGACUUAAAAAUGUGUAACCAAUACAAAAUAUUGAUUAAUGCAUUAAUUAAAAUUAAAAAUAAUUGUAAGUACCUAAUUGAAUGAAUUUGAGUGAGAAUUAUUGAACAUUUGAUGUCAUUAUCAUAUUAAGUGUAUAGUGAUGUAAUGUCACGAUUAAAUUAACGAUUUUUUUUCUAUACAUCAUUGAGUUAGGUAUGUACUAGAAUGAGUGACUACUUUUAAGUUGUUAUUUUCUUUUACUUUGAGUUAAGUUUGUCAUUUUAAACCUAAGUUGUAGCAGACUUUUGUUAUGCUUUCAGUGGUAGGUAUGUACAUUAACGAGCUGUGCGUUUUUUUAUUUGCUUUUAGUUUUAAUUGCUUAAUGUCGAUAUUGUCAAAUGGCAUGAAAUGUCAGUUUUUGACAACGGUAUUACCAUUUUGACAGCAAAUGACGCUUUCGACUCAGAUCUUAGACGUUUGAUGUUCAAAUACUUAAAAGAUAUAACUAGGACCAUUUUAGACAUAUAAAAAUAGUGACACCAGUGAUUCGCGUGAUUUUCACAAUAUCGCGAUGUGUUUAAACAUAAGUCAGUUUAUAUGACAUAAGAAAAACAGGUAAUAAUUCUGUCAAAUGUGUAAAAAAAAAUCUUACGUCUAUGGUCUUAUAAAGCUAUUGAAGUCAAUGCGAUGCUGUUGUACCCACUAUGAGCUAUAUUAGUUUAUAUGUUGUUAAACACUGGAUUUUGUAUGUGAUCCUUUAAACAGUGAUUAAGGUUCGGUAUCCUGAGUAAACGAGUGUGAUAGGAAAUGUAAAUCAUUGAUACAGUCAUAGCAAAUAGUGGAAAUUGCAAUGCUAAAUGUAAAAAAUGAAAAUUAAUAUAAAUAGGAAUUAGGUUAAUAUUAAAAUACGAAUUUAUUAAUACAUAGCCAUCUAUAAUAUAAUUUCAUUACUUACAAAAUUUCUGAAAUACUCUAACACACUAAUAUUUCCAUUUCCAUUACUCAAUAGCAAUCCCAUUUUUAUUUUUGGUUUUUAAGGUAAAUUCAAAAUAUUUACUAAUAAUUAGGUAAGUUUUUUUAAGUUAUUCCAUUUUUACGAUGACUGUAUCAGAAUCAUUAAUUUGGAAAUUGCCAAUUAUGUUACUGUCUCAUAUAAAUUGAUUGUGUUUACAUUUUUGGCCAUUUCUGAUUGGAUGAAACUUUAGUUAGAAUGUUUUUGAAACAAAAUUAAAUGUUAAUCAUUAGCCAGAUCGUGUCAAUGUCGGUCUAAUGAAAGUCCUAAAUGUAUUUUUAAUGUUGCAACAUCAAUUAAUUUCCCAACGUGUUUUCAAUUAUGUAGGUAUUCAGCGAAUCAGAAAUCAGAUAUUUAUGAAAAUCGGCCCCGACUCAAAUAUCUGUAUUUCCUUUGAUAUUCGGUGGAAAUAAUCGGAUAAUGUGUGUUUACCAUUUUAUACUUGAAGUAUUUUGAUCCGAUUGAUCCGAAUUAUAUGCGUGUCUAUCAAAACAUUUUUUGUGUUAAUUGAUCUAUUCACAUCAUGCGCGUGGAUUUUGGUAUAAUUGGAGAAAAAUCGUAUAGAUAGGUACUUAAUUAAAAUAUCACACUUUCAGGAUAUAAUUUGGUAUAUAAAUAAUCCGUUCUCAUGAUGUGUGUAGAGUUUUAGGUGUGAAAUCAAACGGCAUCAAGAUUUGGCACUUACUUAGAUACUUUAUACUACUACUUUAUAGUUAGGAGAUCAUUCUAGUCAGACUAGGCGUAUUCCUACAUUGUUUGCCUACAUUUUCCAAUAAACCAUUGUAUAAACGCAUCUGAAACAUUUUAAAAAGCUUUAUUAUUUCACUUCGAUGCACCAAUUUUUUGAAAUAAAAUUUUAUGUAGGCAUUAAACUUGCGUUUCAAAGGAGUGCGCCUUCUGUACUUGUGUCAUGCUAAUGUUACUCUGUGGCCAGUUUCGAUGCCGUUUGGACCUGCAUUCGCUUAGCUGUACAUAUUAUACUUACGGACAUGUCCACUGUUUGUCAAUAAAGCACGUUUGUGGCACUUAA